AUGAUGGAGAGGCAGACUUCGGGGCCAAUGCAGAAGUCGCCGUCGAAGUCCGUUGGUAGGAAGGACGAGUACACGUGCGAGGAGGUCGACAGCCUCAGCGAGCAGUUCGAGCAGAUCGCCAGGCGCCAGAUGCUCUCUCAAGGCCAGGUGAAGCUCAGGGCCACAGAACGCGACUUGCUGGCGGUCGCGGAAAACAUCCGCGACAAGCUGAAGGUCGCAGUGUCCGGGGAGAAAGGACAGCUCGCAGAGGUUUUCGGGGGCGACUGCCGUCGGUUCCACCGCAUCCGGUGUGUGCUGGACGAGGUAAAGCUCUCCGACAUGCACGCCAGUGAUCGGCGAUGGCCAGACGUGGCUGUCCAGAUGGACAUCAUCGAGCAGGUCCUCAAGGAGCUGGGCCUCUACAAGCCGUGGGUGCCCAAGAAGAAGGCACCCGAGUGCCUGAGAUAUCUGGGCGUGCGCAGCCGGAUCACGCCGGGGGACAAGGUGUUCCUGAGACCCGAGUUCGAAGCUUGCGAAGACGUGGUGUUCACGGUGGAGCCGCCCCUCCCUGCGGGCCUCGAGCUCGAUCCGAGCAACGGGCGGAUCACUGGCGAGCUGGACGCCGAGCUGGCGGUCGGCCUGCAGACGUACGUGGUCACGGCGAGGAACGAGGGCGGCGAGGCCUCGUUCGAGCUCGCCUUCGCCGUAGCGCCACCUGCACCGGGAACGAUAGCGUACCCGGUCAUGGCCGCUGAGCAGUUGUUCGUCGGAGAGGUGGUCCGCAUUGUGCCGGAGAGGGGCGGGGGACACCCGAAGGAGUGGUCCGUCGACCCUGAGCUGCCCGAGGGCCUGAUCAUCAGCCCUGGCACAGGCGAGAUCACAGGGGUACCCGUUGCGUUGGCGCCCGUCGCGGCCUACCUGGUCACCGCGGCCAACGCUGGCGGGAAGGUCAGCGUUCCUUUGCAGCUCGGCGUCGCGCACGCGCCGCCCCUGUGCCUCUCCUACCCAGACCUGCAGGAGCGCCGUGGGCAGCGCCAGGCCUGGGCCGUGCGUUCCAGAGCUGGCCUCGCGGGGUGCGUGCCGGCCGGGCCCGAGCGGGCCUUCGAGGCCCUCACCUCAACGUGCCGACAGGCGACUGGCAGUCUUAGGGGUUUCCUCUUCGGUGCGGUCUUGGUGUUCUUUGUAGCAGACUUCGGCUGCGGCAACGCCGACGGGGACUUCUACCCGCACAUGUUGGCGGUCGUUCCUCUUGCGGGGAUGGUGGCCUUCUCCACGACGGGCCAGCCCAUCAACGGUUCGCUUGAGUGUCGGAGGUUCAGUCCGGGCCAGCACGAGCUGCGCGGGGAGAACUGGGAGCCGACGCCGCCCGACUACGCGCAGGCGUUCUCUGUCGACGGGAAGCCCUGA